AAUAGAAUGUGAAAGCCCACGAUUAUAAAUUGAGAUGCGUGGUAAUUAUGGCUGGCGAGAUGCUGGCUGAUAUAUUGAUGUGGCCCAAGUCAAAACGUAAGGGAUGGUAUAAAGGUAGUCGCCGUCUUUUCUGUACCGAAAAGGUAGGUAUGCCGUGAUGUCAAUUUCUUCUUCCCCUUAGGAGAAUUUGACAUCCGAUCAGAUCCGAUCUCUAAGUUACCAAGGGCAAAGAUGGCAGGCUUAAAGAAAACGACCGUGGCUCGAGAUGAACCGCUGUCUAUAUCUGAGGGGAGGCAGAGUAUCCAUACCACUAGGAUGAGAGAGCACUUCUUUCGCCAGCAAGAGCCUCAGGGUACUGACCCUCCAGUUCAUCCGAUAAUGGCACUAUUCCGCCGAAAGCAACAGCAUAAUCCAUGUGAGAUCGCAACCCAGCCCUCUGUAUUCGACGAUCCAGAGAGAGCCAGAUAUUUCCAUCCCACUGAGAACUAUGAGGGUAUACACCGAUUCGACCCUGAAGCAAGGUGGACGUGGGCGGAAGAGCUGCCACUCAUAAAUAAACUUGACCGGAAAAUCACCCUUUGGGCAUGGAUCGCUGUUAUGUGUACGAACUUAGACAGUGUAAACAUAUCCCAGGCAAACACGGAUAACUUCUUAGAUGAUUUAGGCCUGUCCACAGACGACUUCAAUUUGGGGAAUACCGCAUUCAAGGUGGCAUUCAUAUGUGCUUCACUUCCAUCACAGCUAAUUAGUAAGAAAGUUGGUCAUCGCAUCUGGAUACCUACAAUUAUGUGUUCGUGGAGUGUUGUGGCGCUGUCACAAUUCUGGCUUCGUGGAAGAACGUCAUUUCUAAUUUGCCGUGUUCUCCUUGGCCUUCUAGAAGGCGGCUUCCCUUCGAUUAUUCUCUUAUACCUCUCCUAUUUCUUCAAAGGCACCGAAUUACCUGUCCGUUUAGCUAUCUUCUAUACAAGCAUCAACAUUGUCUAUAUCGUGGCACCAAUCCUUGCUUUGGGAAUUUUACGACUCCGUGGCUAUCACGGGCAAGCAGGAUGGAGAUGGCUCUUCUUGAUUGAGGGUAUAAUCACUUUUGCUGGUGGGGUCUGGUCCUGGUUUGCUAUGGCGUCGUCGCCUACCCAAACCAGAUCGUGGUAUCGGCCGAAAGGCUGGUUUAGCGAACGUGAAGAGGUCAUUAUGGUCAACCGUAUAUUAAGGGAUGACCCUUCGAAAGGAGAUAUGAAUACCCGCCAAGGAGUGGAUUUAAAGGGGCUUUGGAUGGCGCUGUGUGACUUUGACCUCUGGCCGAUUUAUAUUGCUAGCUUUGUUUACAAGAUGGUGCCCGGAGUUUUUGAGCAAUACCUAACCCUUGUUCUGCGAGACCUCGGGUUCGAUACGUUUAAUUCGAAUCUGCUUGCAAUCCCAGCUCAAGUUGCUGGUAUUUUCACGACACUCAUCCCGACAUACCUCUCUGAAAUCUGGGAUGAAAGAUCCUUGAUGAGUGUAUUUGCGCAGGUUUGGAUCUUGCCUAAUAUCAUUGCUCUCGCCGUUUUGCCAAAUGGUACAUCACCGUGGACGAAGUAUGCUAUCAUGUCGAUUGUGAUUUCGCGUCCAUACUUACAAGGUAUGCAAAUCGCUUGGGGUAGUCGUAACUCGAAUGCCGUCGGGACACGGACUGUUUCGGUUGCUGUCGCCAAUAUGUUCGCCGAAUUAUCUGGUGUCGUGUAUUCGAAUAUUUACCGCGCUGAUGAUAGACCAGAAUGUACUCUUGCUACCAUCAUUUUCAGGUGUUUCAUAACUGACUUAAACAAUUGGUAGAUCGCCGUGGAAACAAGCAGCUCGUCGCAAUCUGUGCAACCAAUAUAGUGAUAUUUAUACUUAUAAAGCUCUACUACAUGUGGCGCAAUAAGCGAAAGGAUAGAGAAUGGAGUGCAAUGACCAGGGAGGAACAACUGCAUUAUUUAGAAACGACUACAGACCAGGGAAACAGGAGAAAGGACAUUAGGUUCGCCCAUUAGCACGAGGCCGAGAGGUUCCUCUCUAAUUAAUAUACAUACUUACUACCCACAA